AUGAAUUCUACCAGUCAAAUAUCCAACAUCAAUGUAACAGAUAAAACAGCAAUGUUUGAUUUUUUUGAUGCAAUUUUUGGUUGGGAUCCUCAAUGGUUUGAUGAUCCAACAGCAUCAUCAUCCAGAGAUACUGUAACAAUGGCUCAAAUACUUGGUAAUAAUUGUCCAGUGCUUAAUUCAACAACACUUUGUUACGACAAUGAAGAAGAAUAUUAUUACACAAUGAUACCUUUGAUUAUUCAUGAAUUUUUUUAUGGUCUAAUGAAGGACAUUAAUGAAGAUCAAGAUUCUCCAAGCUCUGAUGAUGAUGUUGGAAAAAUUAGCAACAGAAAAGUACUUGGUAUUGUCAAAGAUUCACAACCAAAAAUAAUUGAAAUAAAAUUAAAAUAUUUCAAAAAAAAAAUAUUUGCAUAUGUUCAUGAUAUAAAUACCAGUGAAAUAACAGAACAAAAUAAUCGUUCAUUUAUUCAUGUCUACACUGUGAUAACACGUGAUAUUUUAAUUAUUCAAAAUCAAAAAAUUAAAUUAAAAAGUGUCAUGCCAAUUAAACAAAAUCUACGUAUUUUACAAGCAGUUACAAGUUUAUCACAAUCACCAUUAUGUAAUUCAAUAAUAAAACCAAAUUAUCAUGAUUAUAACAUGUCAAUUGGUAAAAAAAGUUUGUCAUUAUCACCAGAGAGAAGUUUAAAUCCAAUACAAAUGAAAAUUGUUACUGGUAUUGUUCAAACAGUUCAAGAAUCAAAGCCAAAAAUUCUUCUGAUUCAAGGACCGCCUGGUACUGGUAAAUCAACUGUUAUAACAUCAAUGAUUUUUGAAUUAAUAAACAGUUUAAAUAUAAAUAUUGUACGUAUUGGUCCUGAUGAAAAAAUUGAUCCAAAAGUUAAAGCUUCAGUUGGUCUAUCAACACUUGUAUCAAGAGAAAAUAAUUUGACAAGAAAUAGAAAUAAAAAAGAAUCGAAAUAUGAAGAAGAAGUUAUUAAAAAUGCACAUGUUAUUGCAUCAACAUUAUCAUCAUGUUAUUCAUACAGAAUGGAAAUGAUAUUUGGUAAAAAAAAUGGUAUUAAAAUACCAAUUUGUAUUGUUGAUGAAGCUGGACAAUCAUCAGAAGCAGUAACAUUAAUUCCAUUGAUGCUUGGUGUUAAAACACUUGUUCUUGUUGGUGAUCCAAAACAACUACCACCAACAAUCAUUUCACCGGAUGCCAAAACACAUGGAAUGGAUUUAUCCCUAUUUUAUCGAAUGGUUGAUCCAAUUGCCUCGUGGCCAAAUCGACAUUUUUAUAAUGGAGAAAUUAAAAAUGCUGAUGAUAAUAUUAAAGUUUCAUUUCCUUUGUGUCAUUAUAAAAUAUUUAAUCACAAUGAAACACAAAGUUUUAGAGAAUUUGCAAAUAAACCUGAGUUAACACCAUUUAUUGAGAAUAAAAAUCUUGAAACAAUUGGUGAAAAAGUGCAACAAAAAAUUGAACAAAAAUUACCAGUAAAAGUUAAUGAAAAAAAGAAGGAUAUUACUGAUAAACAAGCAUCAUCAAAUAUUGCAAAUGAUAUUAUGAAAAUCAUCAAUGGAAUUGCUAAAUUGUCAUUAAAUUGUGAUAAUCAAGUUGAUAAACCUCAGCAGAAAAAUUUCUAUGUAAAUAAUAAUGAAUUUCUUAAAAAAUUCAUUGGCUCAUCAUUUGAUGAAGAAGAAGAAUUUUUGACUCUCAAAGAGAUAGAAGAAACUGAGAUAACAUUAAAAAAUAUCGACAAAUUAUUUAAACUGUAUGAUCAAUGGCGAAGUAUUGAAGUUAACACUGUAGACAGUUUUCAAGGUCAAGAACGAGAUAUUAUUAUUAUGUCAUGUGUACGAAGUAGAGGUAUUGGUUUUGUUGGUGAUCCAAAUAGACUAAAUAUAUAUUAUGUACUUGUUUAA